GGCUUGCGGUUCCGGGUCAGGCCGCGCUGCGGGUAGCGCUGCUGGCCGCGCUUGGCUCACAGUCGCAGCACCCCGCCCCCGCGCUCCGGACCUGGGCAGGCGGUGGCCGCUCGGCUGCUCCCGGGGCCACAUGGCUGAGGGGGAUGCAGGGAGCGACCAGAGGCAGAAUGAGGAAAUUGAAGCAAUGGCAGCUAUAUAUGGCGAGGAAUGGUGUGUCAUUGAUGACUGUGCCAAAAUAUUUUGUAUUAGAAUUAGCGACGAUAUAGAUGACCCCAAAUGGACACUCUGCUUGCAGGUGAUGCUACCGAAUGAAUACCCAGGUACAGCGCCACCUAUUUAUCAACUGAAUGCUCCUUGGCUUCAAGGGCAAGAACGUGCAGAUUUAUCGAAUAGCCUUGAGGAAAUAUAUAUACAGAAUAUUGGUGAAAGUAUUCUUUACCUGUGGGUGGAGAAAAUAAGGGAUGUCCUAAUACAAAAAUCUCAGAUGACAGAACCAGGCCCAGACGUAAAGAAGAAAACUGAAGAGGAAGAUAUUGAAUGUGAAGAUGAUCUCAUUUUAGCAUGUCAACCAGAAAAUCCAGUUAAAGCAUUGGAUUUUGAUGUCAGUGAAAAUCGAACAGAAAUAGAAGAACUACCUCCGAUUGAUCAUGGCAUUCCUAUCACAGACCGAAGAAGUACUUUUCAGGCACACUUGGCUCCAGUAGUUUGUCCCAAACAGGUGAAAAUGGUUCUUGCCAAAUUGUAUGAGAAUAAGAAAAUUGCUAGUGCCACCCACAACAUCUAUGCAUACCGAAUAUAUUGUGAGGAUAAACAGACCUUCUUACAGGACUGUGAGGAUGACGGGGAAACAGCAGCUGGGGGGCGUCUUCUCCACCUCAUGGAGAUUUUGAAUGUGAGAAAUGUCAUGGUGGUGGUAUCACGCUGGUAUGGAGGGAUUUUGCUAGGACCAGAUCGCUUCAAACAUAUCAACAACUGUGCCAGAAACAUUCUAGUGGAGAAGAACUACACAAGUUCACCGGAGGAAUCAUCUAAGACUUUGGGAAAGAACAAAAAAGUAAGAAAAGACAAGAAGAGGAGUGAACAUUAAUACCUGAAACUGUAUGAAAGGUUAAUUUGCCUAUAAUCAUAUACAAAUUCCACAGUCAUCAAGGAAUAUGUUGUGCAGAGAGAGAAUCCUGGACUGUUCAAGUCAGCCAAUUCAUUGGGGACACCAAUAUUAUGUUUUCUUCUUUGGCUAUAUCAUCUGCCAAAAAUAGAGAACUUGUGAUAUUUUCAUGAGUGUUUCAGGCUGAUUCAGAAGGAUUAAUUUGAACUUAAUCACCACUUCAUACAAUUUUAGGAAGGUAACAGUUGCCCAGGGCAGUACCUGAAUUAACUGUGCAUUUCAUUACAUGUCAAGUGCCUUUGUUAGGUGGGGAAGAAGUGUCUCUAGAGGAAUAUAAAUACCUGAUUUCUUGUCAUUGGGAUUCUCGUUCUGUUAAAUGAAUAUUACCUUUUACUGCUCUUUACUGUUCCGUAUGGCUUACUGAAGAUUGAUCUUAGAGAGUUUCUUCUUGUGAUUUUAGUUCAUAAGUAUGUCAUCUUUCAUAUUAUAGCGCUCAUGGAGUGAUGGAUUAAGUGAAAAUCCAGGAGUAUCCAUCUGCAGUUAUGUGCUGAAGUGAUAAUUCAUCUAACAGAUUCGUUAGCAUAAGUGUUAUGCCUCAGUUUCUGUCGCGAAUUGGUGAUUGUGAAAUUUCAAAAAGUGAUAUUCUAGUCUCUACUUUUUUUGUUUAAUUCUUGUACUGUUAAGCAAUAAAUAUGGUGUGCCAGUAGUCUCCUCCCACUGCCAAAAUGUGUUAGUGUAAUAUUCUGGUUUCUUUUAACAACCUGGAAGUACUUUCUUGUGAUCUUCAUUGAGAAAUUAGAACUAUGCCAGAAGCUGUGCUAUGGUUAAGGGAACAUUUAUGGAAUGGGGUAGAGGUGGCAGAACACCAUUGGUGUAAGGUGAGAGUGUGUUGUGUAGUUCUGUAAAUGGGAUGCACAUUUCCCAUCCACACUCCUCCAGCUAUCUUUCUCAACUCCAUGACUUUGUGGGGAGAAGGAGCAAAUCUUUGAUUGGAAAAACAGAGAAAAUCCCUCUUUUUUUCCAUCGUGCUUUCAUCAGUGCUUUAUAAAAGUUUCUUCUUUCAUCUGCAAGUUGUGCAGUUUACCUCUAGGCAUCUAGACAAUAAAUUUAUCCAUGAGAUAUAAGUCAUUAACUGUUCCCUUUUACAUAAUGAUUGCAAACAAUUAUUAAAAAUUAUUGAUUGGUCACAGAUUUACUUGAGAUUCCCUUCCAGAGAGAGGGAACAGAAAUAAGGAAGCAAUUUGGGAUGGUGCUGGAGCAUGGAAAACAUCAGAGAAGAGUGGACACAGAUUUUUUUUCUAUUCUCUGAUGCUUUACCUUUAAGAGAUCUAACAUCCUAACUUGGUAUUUUUAAUAAGAAUCUAGUAAACAGCUUUACACUAGGAUGGAUUCUGAGAAGUAAAAUCUGUAUUUGUUGUGUGUUUAAUUGUAGUAACCUAUAUUUAUUUAAAACACUUACCUCAGAGUCCAUGAAAAAAUUAAGUAUGUUUUAUGUAUUAACUGUUAAAAUAAUUAAAGAACUUAAAGACCAUUAAUUAACAUUAAAAUAAUUUCACAAUUUUGGCAUAUCAAAACCUGUGAAAGAAGAUAUAAAACAGUAAGAAUUGCUGCUACAGAAAAAUGAAUGUGAGUUAAUUUUUCUGCAACACCAAAUUUGAAUUCCCUUUUAGCUGUUUUAUCUAACAUAUGUUUAGGUCUUUAUAGAAAACCUUUUUAUCUCUGAUCCCAUUUUCCCUCAUUAAAAAAAAUAUUUUUGCUUCUUCCUUUUAUUAACCACAUUUUCCAGCCUAAAAAAACCUAAUAUCCUUUGCCCAAAGUCAGAUAGUAAAAAGGAGAGACCCAAAAGUCUCCAAUUCUGGAACGUGAGUUAUUUUACACUCUUCAUUAUGGACCCCUAACUAGUUAUAGUAUCUUUUUGUCUAUUUAAAAUUUCUCUUGAUUAGAAGGUUUUCAAAUUCUCCAAAUAAUAAUUUUCCAUAGCCAGAUCUAUGCUGUGGCAUAUUUGAUAGUAUAUUGUGUUAGUUAGAAAUAUUCUCCAUAUGCCAGUUUGUAAGAGCAAGUAGCAUCUUGCUACUUGCUCUUAAAAAGUAGCAAGUAAUGGGAAUAGCAGUAUGAUUUGGAGGUAUAUAUCAUGAAACAUUUGAUAUAUACCUAUUUGAAGAGACAUUAUAUCAAACUAAUCACAACCAAGAAAGAAUAGCAUGAAGCAGAUACUGCUUGAAGGCAGGCAAAAUUUAUUGCAGAAAUUGUAUAGUCACCUAUAAUUCCACUGUCUAGAGAUAACCAUUAUUAACAUUUGGUAUGUACGUCCUUCUAUUUUUUUCCUAUGCAUGAUUUUGUAUAUAUGACUAUUUUUCUUUCCAUAA